AUGUUCGUACGCGCUGCACCAAGAUUAUUGAAGUCUCCGGUCAUGCGCCGGAUGCUGUCUGGAAAAAUGGAUAAAGCUGAAGAACCACCAAGUUUUAAAACCAUUUUACUUGUUGGUUUAGUUGGGACUGCUAUUUUUGUUAAGGCAGUCGACUCUUUGGAACAGAACAAGCCUAAAAACACGUACACAUUCUCUGAAUUUGACACUGUGAUGAGUGGUCUAAGAAGAAGAGUUUCGAUCUUUGAGCAAGAUGAUUUAAAUUUAAGAUGUGUGCAAACCGGAGUUGCAACCAAGAAACUGAAAUUCCCCGAAGAUGCGAAGGUUAUCAAACCUUCAGAAGCUAUUGAAUUCUUCAGAAAUAAGUCUGACGAUAAAUAUUAUGUGCUUUUAAAUGAUUUAUAUGAAAAGGAGGGGAAAUCGUACAUGGAAAAACUACCAACAGGUCUCUCUGUCGUCUUGAUAGGUAAAUAUAUGAAGGAGAAAUGUCAAAAGGGUGACACUGUUUAUCUACUUGACUUCCCAGACAAUAUAAAAGAUGCGAUCAAGUUCGAAAAUGAGGUUUCCGUUAUCGACAAAGUUAUUGUACCAAAUUCAGAAGGAGACGGCCAGGUUUCCAAAUACUUUAAAACCGUGGAUAAAGUUGAGACCAUCUAA